GAGAGCAAACGCCACAACUGUUUGCUGGAACUUCAUUGCACGUCUGCAAAGUGUAGUUACUCAUCCAAAACAUUUCAUUAAUGCUUCAAAACUUAGAUAUCAGUAAUUCGGCCAAGGCCACCAAAACAUAAAGUGUUUUUGUCAUUGUGUGACCCACACUGGUCAAAAUGUUUAGUGGAACUGUGGAAAUGAAGGUUAUCUAAAAGUAGAUAUUUGUUGAAAACAGAACAGAAAAAGAACAUUUGUAUUCAUGCAUUACAUUUAUUUUUGUACGAAUGUAUUACAUGUAAAGUGAAAUCCUGCCUGUCCGAUUACUGUACAUUUCAUAUUUUUUAUGUUCCCACAAAUACACAAAAACAGGUCAUUUGCCAAUUUAGCAGACAUUACAAAAAAUGGCGAUGUCAAUGAACAAUGAAAAAUGGACGCGAAGUUGUGAAGAGAAACUAAUUGUACAGAGAUCUGAACUUAUUUAGAGAGAAAAAAAAAGCAUCUGAGAAUUGAGCCAAAGCAAUUGCAAAUAUGAUAAGUGUAACCAUUAAAACAUUUACAUAACAAUAAUUUCUUCUGCGUUAUUUAUUUAAUGUGAAAAGUCAAUGCUAGAUACUUUACGAAGCCAAAUCCGGCGAACGGCUCAACAGUUCCUUUGAUACAAGGCUCUUUUUAGGUCAGAGCUGUAGUUUAUAUCAGAGGUCCUGGAUGAAACUCAACCCUCCUUCCGCAGAUACCUGCACGGAUACAUGAUCUGAGGGGUUCGGGUGAACAGAGGCGGCCCACCUGAAGGAAUGGGGAGGACGAGUUACGCGAAUCUCCCCAAGACCGGAUCCAUACCCGAAAGUCUGCCCCUGUACAAUAGCGUUUCCCUCCCGGCUGCAAACACACAGCGUCUGCUGCACAGACACAUGAACACGCUCCCCACCUGCGGCUGCUCCUCCGAUGACAGACGCCGCACUCAAAAGCUCCAGGAUGCAUCUGUUAUUCAUGCUUCCAUUGGUGCUCAAGGUCCAGUCCAUCUCCACGAGCCACAACAUCACCUCUACGACUGCACCUGCCACGAGGAGCUCAAAAUCAGCAACUGCACCAGCAGCAAUUUUACUCACGUGCCCGCCGCUCUCCCACCCUUCACCGAACAGCUGGACCUGUCCCUCAACCACCUCAGCGCCAUCCGUCCCCGAGCCUUCCACAGCACACGAAGACUUCGCAUCCUGCUCCUCAAUGACAACGUGAUCGCUGCUCUGGCCAACGGGGCGUUCUCUCUUCUGGAAGGACUCUUGAGGUUGGACCUGAGAAACCGAAUCUCAUUCCUGGGCGAAGGAUUUUCCCAGGGUCUCAGUUCCCUUCGAGAUCUGUCACUGGCGGAGAACCGAUUGACCAGCUUGGACAGCAGCUGUUUCGUCCACUUUGACUCCCUCCAAAGACUAAACCUCAGCCAUAAUGCAAUCGAGACCAUCAAGAUGAGGGCGUUUGGGUCCAUGAGUACCCUACGCCAGCUACAACUCAACUCCAACAAUUUAACGGUUCUCAAUAACGGCAUCUUCUCCAUGCUACGAAACCUUGAAGUCUUGAAUUUACAUCACAAUCAGAUACACUACUUGGGCGUCCGGGCGCUUUCUCCAUUGACCAGCCUCGCGUUACUGGACCUCACCAACAACAACCUCUCCACGAUUCAGUUCAAGACCUUCCUGAGUCUCAACACGUACAGCACUCACAUAAUGCUCCGAAACCCGUGGAAUUGCGACUGCGAUCUGCAGCGAGUCUUUCAGAAGCUCUGUAACGUCAAGCGGCUCUUCCUGGACGACUACGACAACCUCACUUGCGUGAAUUUGGACGAAAGUCAAAGGAACUAGAUGAAAGAGGAGUUCUGCGUGGCAGAGAUGGUUACCGUCCUGGUCAUCACCAUCACGGUGGUCAUCACUGUUGUGGCUGCCAUAGUCAUGGCGGAGAAGAAAAGGAAAAAAAGAACAAAGAAAAGCAUUGGACGGAAGUGGGCGAGUUGUCGUAUGCGCAUCGCAAGACUGAACCAGAUAAUGCGGAUAAUGCAAGGAAGGAACAUUAAUCUUGCAUUGUAUGGAUGA